GCUAUUUUUCUCUUCUUUUCUUGUCAAAGAACUGAUUUUGGGACCUAGAACCCUCCCUUUGAAGUAGAAAUUUCCAGAUCUGCUCUCCCUUCCUCUUCCCUUCGGUCCGUGAGUUUCUACUGGUUGGGGGUGCAAUUUUCUGGGCAUUUUCGGUCCGUGAGUUCCCUGCAGCUUGCCGCCGGCUUCUUCUUCUCCCUGCCAAGUCCGGUUCUUGCUGGAAAAUUUUGGUAUGAUGGCCACUUCUUUAAGCCCUAAAUUAGCCAUUUAAUUGCUGCCUUGUGUGUGUCCGAAUUGUGCCAGAAAUGGGGAGGAAUUCCGGUAGCAUUUAGUAGCAUUUUAAAUGUGUUUUAAGUUUGAUUAAGUAGAAUUGAGCUUGAAUUAGCUGCUGUGAUGUUUUGUGUGAAAAUCCCGUGUGUGUGAAUUGUGAUUUGCCAAAGUUAUGCUCUCCCUGUGCUGCCGUGAGAAAUGGGAAAAAUUUUGGUACAUUAAGUUAUGUUUUUAAGCUUGGUUUAAGUGUGAAUUAGCUUGAAAUGGGUUGUGGUGAUUUUGGAGAGAGAAUCCCGUGAAUUAGCUAGUGUUUUGGCCAAUUUGUGAAAGUCGGAGUUGCUGUUCAUGUCGUGCACUGUUCACGUGUACUGUUCACAGAACACUGUUCACGUGUACUGUUCACAGAACACUGUUCGCGUGUACUGUUCACAGAACACUGUUCACAUCCCAAGAGUCAACAAUUAACGGGGAUUUAAGUGAUUAGUUUGUGAUAUAAGAACGAAUUUGGAGAUAUCUGAUAAUGUGGAUAUUUUGAUUAGGUUCUUGAUCAUUCUGUCAGUUUAGUACGUGAAUUGAGUGCUCGGUUUUGCGGAGUGAGGUAGUGUGCCCCGAGACUCGAAAAUCAAGGGGAGUGACGUGAAAAGAAAAGGGCUAGCCACUUGAGAUUUGACAUAGAUUUUAGAUACAUGUACACCACGCUCCUGUAAGUUAGAUUUUAAUUGGAAAUUUUAUGGUAUCAAAACUGAUUUUGUUCAGUAAGUUUCGAGCCUUGUGCAUUUGUGAGACCCGUCUCACGAGUGCACGGCGUCUGUCGCGCCUCGGAUUUGGGUUCUGAGGCGUGACAUAAAGAUUGGAAACUUGA